AUGUAAAUUACGGAUGAGCAAAAGAAAAUAAUGGCUAUCAUAGGAGUUGCUAUAUUGUUACUUGGAAUCUUAUAUCUUAUUGAUUGCCUGAUUGUAUUCUAAUUUGGAUUACUAGGCCACUUUGUAAUUCAAAAUUCAUUAAUUAAAUUUUAGAUGUUUUUUGUUGGAUUAUAUGUUUUCAUAAAAAAUACAAUAAGAUUAUUUGUAUUUCCAGGUUCUUAUUGGUUAUGGAGAAGGAAUGUCGAAAAUAGAUAUGCAAAAGCUUUAGCCAAAAGAGCCAAUAAAAGAAUGGAAGAUUUAUAAAAUUUGAUAAGAAAAUUAUUGUAGAUACCUGAGUAAUUUAUUAAAGGUAAAUUAGUACUAAAGAAAUCUAUGUUGAAGAUUUAGUACCAAUAAAAAAAACAUUAUAAUCAUUUUUAAACACAUUUUCUUCAUUAAAUUGUAGAAAAGAAUUGAAUGAAUAAUAAAAAUAUCUAUUUGGUUUGUGUUAAUAAUUAGAAUAGAAUUUAAAGGAUUUUCUAAUCGACUCUAAAUCUCUAUACGAUCAAUUAGAUAAUCCAUAAGAAGUUAUUAAUUAUUGUAAACUAACAAUUUAAGUUGAUUCUGAAUAAUGUUCUAAUUUACUUCUAAUUUUGGAUAACCUUGUAAAUUAAUUAUAAGAAAUAUAUAUACCUAAAAACAUUAUUUUAGAAGCUGAAAGAUGGAUCUUUAACAAGACUCUAGGAACAGUUGAUUAAAUGAGAGUAGAAUUAGAAAAUACUUUUAAGACAAGAAGAUUUAAAGUGCAAGGAUAUGAUGGAAAAUAGAUUGAUUGGUAUUUAUAUAUUAGAUGAUUAUAGUCUUUAUAUAUAUGCAAAUGAAGAUGAUACAGAAAAUGAUAGAGCAGUUAUAUUUUGUUAGCCAAAUGCAGGAUAUUAUGAAUAUAUGUAUUAUGAAUCAGAAUGGAUUGAUUAUUAUUUAAAAAGAGGAAUAAGCAUGUUUUUAUGGAAUUAUAGAGGUUAUUGUGAAAGUUAAGGAUUACCAAAUACAAAAGAUAUAAUGAAAGAUGCAGAAUCUAUUUGUGAUUAUGUAACAUCUCAAUUAAAAGUGAAUUAAUUGAUAUUUCAUGGUGAAUCUUUAGGAGGAAUGGUUGCAUGUCAUUUGGGUAGAGUUAGAUAAUGCAAUUUAUUAUUUGCAGAUAGAACAUUUUCAAGUAUUAGUAAAAUAGCUUAAGUUGGAUUUUCAAAAUAUGCUAGUUUUUUAUUUAAAUUAUUAACAUCUUGGGAUUAUAAUUCUGCUAAAUCUUAUGUUGAAUGUUAAAGCUAUAAGAUUUUAGCAUUAGAUUAGAAAGAUGAAGUUAUUCCAUUUCUAUCUUCAUUAAAAGUUGAUGUAACAAAAUAAAUAUUCUUAAAAGAAUUUGGAGGCUCAUAUUAAAAUGAUGAGAAUGUAUUAUUAUUAUUUUCUAUUCAUAGUUUAAAUAAAGUGAUCAUAGAUAUACAUUUUGUUAAAAACUAUUAAGAUAUAUACCUUGGAUUCCAAAAUCAGAGAGUACUAUAUUUUAUGAUAUUUGGUAUUCAUAAUUAUUGAAUAAAUAAGAAAUGUUGACAUUUUUUGAAGCAAAUAAAAGGUAACUUUAAUAUAUUACAUUUUUAUAUAGAAUUCAAUAUAUUAUGAAAGAUUUACAAACUGAAAGAAGCAAAAAGACCUUAGAUGAUUCUUAUUCAGCAUAUAUGAAUGAAUCAUAAGAUAUUGAAAAGUCAUUUUCCUAGAAUUAAAGUUCAACUAAUGAUAUUGAUGAGGUAUGAAUGUUUGUAAAUACUAUGAUCAAGGUUACUUAAUUGGCCGGACCUUAUACUCUUUCUGAAAAAGAGAAAUCUAAUGAAAAUCUUCUAAAAUUUGUAAAUAAAGUUUAUGAAUGUUUUGAAUCUUUUGAAACUGCUUCUAUGACAUUAAAUGAUGUCUUUUCAGCUUUUAGUGAAUCAUAAUAAUAUGAUGUCUUUCUGGAUUACUUAUUAAGUAUAUUCUUGUGGGGAUCCUAUAUUCCACUUAAAAAUAUUCCAAAAAAGAAAAUGAAUACAGUUGUAUGUCAAAAGUUAGCAUUUGCAAGAUUUACAUCUAAUAUUAAUAAAAUUGAAACUCUCAUUAAGAAUGAUAAAAAUAAUUUAGAUUCUCCAAAUGGAACUAGAGUAUUUAUUAAUUACUAAUGAUUAGUUAAUUUAAGAUUUGGAAUUAAUUAUAUAAAGGUUAAAAUUGAUAAGAGAAAACUUUAAAAAAACAUUGAAGAAUUAACAUUAACAUCCAUCACAUUAAUCAGUUUAAAUUGAAAUGAAAGAUUCAGAAGAAAGAAAAUCAAGUAAUUUUUUAUAAUUUAAGUAGCUUCAAAAAUUAAUGAAUCAUUAAAAACAUAUUUAGGCUCCUUUAUUCCUUUAGGAUGCGGUCAUAAUGGAAAUCUGAAUUAAACAGAAGUAGAAGUUCUUGACUUUCAUAUGUUAUAAGCUGGAGUUGUAAAAUAUUGAA